AAUUGCAUCAUGGGAAAAUAACAAAUGGCUGCCGAGGGCACCUAACAUGGGAUCAUAAACAUGAUGGAGGUCAAUAAACCCACGAUGGGUACUUGCGAUUUAUCGCAGUCCUCAAGAUUUAAGCAUGCACAUUAAUUUCAAUGUUUUUGACAAUUUUUUGUGACUGAACAAAAUGGGAAUAAAACGGAAAGAUUUCCAGAAGGCUGCUGCUUUCAUUAACGAGUUUCUGCUGAAACUAAAUGAGGAUGCAGAAGGUUCAGAACUUAGAGACACCCUAAAUUUAGCUCUCCUGCAUAUGCAAAAGUAUUAUCGAAAGUUACAAACUAGAUCACAUGAAAAGAAUGCAGAAAAGACACUUUCACUCACAGCAAGAGGAUUCAGUCCUAUGACACCAUUUGUUGAUGCUCCGGAUAAAUUUCAAUGGAAGUGGGUAAACUUAGACAACCUGAAAAAUUUGCAGGGCAUUAUGACAGAUGAAAGUAUGAAUAUCACGACACUGCCCCACAUAAUGCAUGCUGUAAAACAGAAAGAUUCAGAUUUACUUAUGGAGCUUGUUCAAGGAGACCCAAGCUGUAUUGAUGAGCAGGACGGCAUAGGAAGAACAGCACUCUUCUAUGCUGUACACUUUCAUCAAAAUGAAAUGCUGAACUAUCUCCUGGAAAAUGAGGCAGAUGUUAACAUUGCUAGUCAUGAUGGAUCUACAGCACUUCACCAAGCCUGUCACGAUGCUAACCAUGUGGCUCUCAGCCUUUUACUUCAGUACGGCGGAGAUUUCACAAUUCAAGACUCGCACGGUAGAGCACCCAUACACUGGACAGUGACGACCAAGUCUACAGAGUGUCUGAAGUACUUAAUUCAGCACAAUGCCGAUGUCAACAUCCGUGACAAAGAUGGCCUUACACCGUGCAUGUGGGCGUGUCGACUGGAUCACAUCAAACACUUUGAGUUACUAAGUAGCUCCCCAAACUUUAUUGUGGAUGAAGCUGAUGGCAUUGAGAGGGACUUGAAUGGCAAGACGUGGAUGCAUUGGUCUGUCAGAAGAACAGAACCGCUGGAGUGCCUACAGACCUUACUGACCUCAGAGACUGCAAAGAUCAAAGAUGAAAAUGGUAAAACUGUUCUCCUAUUGGCUGCAGAAACAGGUUCAUUACUGGCCUGUAAAAUAAUUCUGGACAUAGCUGGACGACAGCGGGUGGUGGACCGGGACAACAAUGACCGGUCAGCCUUACACCUGGCCUCUAUCAAUGGACACGGGGAUGUCAUCAACCAUCUGUUAGACUAUGGAGCUGACUUAAACUUGCUGGAUAAGUUUAAUGCCACAGCUUGGGACUAUGCCAGAAACAAGCAACUCCAUUACUGUCAACUGAUCAUCAUGUCCCACCAGCGACAACGCCUCCAGAGUAACCCCAGCACCCCCAUACCUAACCGCAUGGGCCUGUCCAUGACCAGCUUCAAUGGCUUGGGAAACGGGGAUCUGGACUAUGAAUAUAUGAUGGGUAGCAGACAGAGCACUGAUUACAAUACCCCCAUCACUCCCCCACACCCUCCCAAGCGACCCAGAACCAUGUCCACCCCACGGACACCCCUCAGGCGGUCACAGAGUUUGGGACUGUCAGAGAACAACCAGUCCUCCAACUUUAUGGAGGAUAACCGACAGUCGUCUAGUGCUGGGGGAGAACUCAAUAACAGGCGGAAAGAAAGGAUAGAGGUUCAGCUUAACCAUGGUAGAAGAGGUAUGGUGAAUGGGGAAAGCCAGUACACUAAUCGAAGUCAUCGAGAGGACAUUGCAAUGAUGUCAGAUGAUGAAGCUGUGCAAGAUGAGGAAGAUGUGGAUGGAGUGAGUGUAGGAGGGAUGGAUGUGUCAGACAUUGAAGAUGAGGAGCAUGAUGGCAUGUCCAUGGCUUCACAUCAGACUGGGGGUCAUGCUAGUCAGAGGAGCUACAACAGUCAGGGAUCACUACAGCCCCGCCCACCCCCGCGUUACCCCCACCAACCCAGCCCACCCAAACAACAUUUCUCUCAGUCUCAGGAAGGACCUUUGACCAAACAAAGGGAAGAAAACCAAGAUGGCUUCCAAGUGCAGAGAGGAAUGCAACCAAAGCCGCCUCCAAAAUUUAACCAGAGGGUGAUUUCUCCUCAUUUUAAUCAGAAUGUGAGUCUGCAAGAGACUUUUCCCCCUAGUCGACCCAGGCCAGCCCCCCGUCAGGCCAAUAUCUACAGACAGAACCCCCCUAGACCCCCUCCCCCUAGGAGGACUCCCUCACCAGUGCGGCCGAACUCUGGAAACAAGGACCAGGACCGGGGAAGUUUCAGUCCAGAAAGUCCAGAGCAGAACUUUUCCAAGAAACCCUCUCCUCCAAGCGAGCAGAACAGGCCAGACUCUGGAAGCAAACCCCCAGGUGUGGUUGAAGGCAGAAAAAUUCCUCCCCCAAUGCUCACACCUUUGGAGAAUGCUCCAUUGCCACCUUCUUUCAACUUAUUUGAAAAGAAAGAACGAAAAAAGAAGAAGAAGAAACGUGAGAGGGAGAAAGAAAAAGAGAAAGAGAGAGAAAGUGACAUAAAAUCUCCACCAAUGGAUAUAGAGCCGCCCAGGGGAUAUGCUGCACCCCUGCAUCCCCCACCCUCAGCUAAUAUACGCUCUCAGCGAGCUCAGUCAGGGAUUCCAGCACCAAGAUACUCAAAACAGCAACCUCAGAGGCACGAGUCACGGUAUGUUGAUGAGAGUAUGGAUGAGGAAUACCGAGAGGACACUAAGGGCCCCAUGGUGAACGGCCAUGCUGUCCCAGUGAGGGAGUCCCCCCACAAACCAUCCCCCUCCGUGCCCCGCCUACAGAGCAUGGACAGUGAGGACUACCCAGAGGAAAACGGGGACACAAUAUUACAGGACAUCAUCAAUGAAGAAGAUGACACUGCUGGACCCCUGAUACCUCCACCCCAGGGAUUCCGAAGCCCGGGUCAUGCCCAGGGUAGGGCGUUGUCCCAGUCAAUCCCUCAGGAUGAAAAUCUCACUGAGAAACCAGCAGAGACGGCAGAACCGCCAGAAUGACCCCCACAAGUGCUAAACCUCCAAUCCCCUCCGGCAGGAGCAGUGCCCGUAGCAGUACGUACGGGAAAAGCCCCUCCCCCCACACCAGACGUUCCCGCCCCCCUACCGGUCGAUCAUGACCGCCGUGCCUCACCGAUCAACUGUGAUUUAUUCAAUCUGUUCUCGUGUAUCUUAUUUUCAGCCAGAGUAGAAAGUGGAGUUAGGUUUUUAUACGUCAAGUAAUGUGAAGUGCAGCUUCCAUUAAAUUAUAGUCUGUGAUAUAAAGAUAUGUAUUAUACUGUAUAUAUUCUCAAUUCUUUAAUUUAUUAUUGGUCUGAAAAAGGAAAAACGAAGAAAAUUUAGAGCACAGUUAUUUAUUAUGUGUGGGUGUCGAGAGUGUUAUCGGAGAAUACAUGUACAUGUUUUGUGCAACUUAGAGAGGUUAUCGUGAAUAUUUAUGUGUAUUUAUACAUUUUGACUUUGAUUGAUGAAAAUACCUUUACUAUGUUUAUAAUAAAUGUCUUUUAUAAAUCAUUGUGUAAUAGCUAAGCUUACUAGAUUGAUUGCACAAAGUUGGAGCACAAUUAAACAGUUAGGAACAGAAAAAAGAGAUAGUUUUCUUUUAUAAAUUUUUUUGUCAAAAAUCCGUUAUGUUUGACAAUACAUGUAUUCAUAUAAAAGUUUCAAUUUGAAUAAAAAAUGUUUUCAACGUAACUAAGCAGUAACCAGAAUGUAAUUAACUUUUGAUAUAUUCCUGUUAGUCAAUGAAAAACCAGGUAGUGAAUUAAUUUUUUUUUUAGUCACUGUGUAAACGGUACGUUAUAUUAUAACAUGAAUACAUAUUGCAGUCCCUCUUUUUUACUAAAAUUUAUUUGAAUGUAUGGCAAAUUUUAUUAUAGAUAUGAAGAAAAGUUUGUAUUUAUUGUAGUCAUUAAAUCCGUCCAUAUGUGUUAUAUAUACCUUGAAACGUUUGUUCUAGGUAUUUUACAAGAUGUGUUAUUUAUUGCUAUCUAGUUUUGUAUUCAAAGUUUAUUACAUUCCUACAUUUAAAUGUAAAGCCGUCCUCUGUAUUACCUUGUUAAUUUUUUUUUUCUUUUGUUUAGUCUUUUUCUGUUUCUUCAGUUGUAUUUUGAUUGUUGCACAUGUUAAUUAGUCACUCAUAGCAACUCCCACUCCAUGAAUGAUGAAGUUUUAUUCAUUUUCAUUUUGUAUUUAAUUAGUAAAAGAGAAAUUUUAAUUGUACUAAUUUGCAGGACUGUUCUGUAUUCACCCUACUUGCGACUUGUAUCUGUUAUUUAAAAACAGAAUCUGGAAAAAUCUAGGAUUAGACAAUGCUUUUUCAUCUUAGUCGAUAUUGAUUGUUCUAAAAAAGCAGAUAAAACAAUUAAAUUAUUUAUCAAGAUUUGCUUUGUAGCAGUUCCAUUACUUCAAAAUUCUCUUUGGAUUGAAAUAAAUGCAUAAAAUUUGGACAUGAUAAGUUUAACUCGGUGAUAAAAAGGGGGGCAUUACAUGAUUGUAAUAGUUUUUUUUUUAUGAAGAGAAGAAAGAUGUAAGUAAGGUGAAUAUGGUAAUUGUCACAUUAAUAUAAACGAAUAGAUUUAGGAUGGCGGUAACUGGUUUCUAAGGUAGUCUGGGUUCAAGUCUGUUAAGCACUGACUCAUACUUCUAGAAUGGUAUUAGAUUUUGCAAGCUAUAGGGCCUAGUCCUCUUUAAGCCAUUGAAAAGAUCAAGUUCUUGUGGUCUUGUCACAUUCUUGUACAAAUAAUUUUGUCUGUCAAUUGAUGUAGAAAAAAAUCUGUGAUAUUAUACAUUUCUUUGUUUUUUGCAUAUUUUAGUUAUACAUUUGUAUUAUUAAAGGGCCAUCUUUUUUGAAAACUUUUAAGUCAUAUCACUUUGUAAAAUUAUAUACUAGUAUAAGAUAUAUAUAAAAAAAAUGAGGAAAGAUAAAGUAGAUAUAUUAUGUAUACAUGUAUUUAUAUACAGGUGAAAUUAGUCAUCAAAAAUGUGAUUUUAGGGGGAAGAGUACCAGUAUUCAAAUGCUGUGUUAAACUUAAUCCUUGAUAUUGAAUUUUUUAAUUGAAAAAGUGUUUGUGUAUUAAACAUUUUGAUUUUAUAUAAAAAAGGCAAACUUUAACAGAAUAGCCGCAGAUGAAGGUUUUCUUUUACCAGCAGGAGAAAUCUCAUUCAAUACUGUUACAAUACUGAAACUUUUAGGCAUUUAUAAAAAUCUAUCAUUAUGUAUUCAGCUAAACUCAAUAGGUUAAAGCAAACGUUUAUUAUUUUUUAGAAUAGCUUAAAGUAACAAUAUGAUGCUGAUAUGAUUCUGGGCUGUACAUUAUUUAAUAAUUUAAUAACACAGUAUUUGAACACGCCCAAGUUCCAUUUUUUCUACAUUUUAUAUUUAAUUAAUAGUUUACAAACUCAAUAAUUCUAUUGCAGGGGUAUUCGGUCAAUUAUACAUAUUGGGGGAAAAUAUGAAAAGAAAUGUAUGUAUUUCUAAAGAAAAAAAAUGACCGUGCAUUAUUGGUUGAUUAAUAAUGCAGAUUUCAGGAAUUACGGAACCCCAGGGUUUGUUGACAGAAAAUACCUUGUUCCCCAGAAAACGCUCUCCUAAUCUGAUAUUAAUGGCAAAAUGAAAAUGCCUUUUGUAACCUCUAUAUAAUUACGAUGGUUAGUCUCUUGUUCAAUCUAUGUAUAGAUAGCAAAUAUUCAAUUAAAAUAUAGAUCACUUUUUAGCGAAUUAAAAAUAAAGAAAAUAAAUGGU